CAGUGAUCAGACAGAGGAGUGUGCAGGGCACCAUCCGGGCAGACUGGGAUCUCAGAGUGAUAUAUCCUUUGUCUGAUUCCCCCUCGGUGAAGAUGUCUAAUUCUUCCCCUGCUGAUGAAGGGACGACAUUUGAGCACCUCUGGAGUACCCUGGAACCAGACAGUAAUUAUUUCGAUCUGCCUCAGUCAAGUCACUCAAGCAACUCAGAGGUCUCCAAUCAGACCGAGGUCAACAUGGACGCUUACCAAAUGAGGAACAUGAAUGAAUCCAUCAUGUCUCAAUUCAGUUUGCUGAAUAACACCAUGGAUCAGAGUAUCGGAAGCAGAGCAGCCUCCACCAGUCCGUACAACCCCGACCACAACUCGAAUGUCCCCACACAUUCCCCCUACUCCCAGCCCAGCUCCACGUUUGAUGCCAUGUCUCCAGCACCGGUCAUCCCAUCCAACACCGACUACCCAGGACCUCAUAACUUUGAAGUGACGUUCCAGCAAUCCAGCACGGCUAAGUCAGCGACGUGGACUUACUCCCCUUUAUUGAAGAAACUCUACUGCCAGAUCGCCAAGACGUGUCCCAUUCAAAUCAAAUUAUCCUGCCCACCUCCGCCUGGCACAGUCAUUCGGGCUAUGCCAGUCUACAAAAAAGCAGAACACGUGACGGAAGUUGUGAAACGGUGCCCCAACCACGAGCUGGGGAGAGAUUUUAAUGACGGUCAAGCAGCACCAGCCAGCCACUUAAUCCGCGUGGAGGGCAAUAAUUUGUCACAAUACGUAGAUGAUCCCGUUACUGGUAGACAAAGCGUAAUGGUGCCUUUUGAGCCUCCACAGGUCGGCACUGAGUUCACCACAAUUCUCUAUAAUUUCAUGUGUAACAGCAGUUGCGUGGGAGGAAUGAACAGAAGACCCAUUCUGAUUAUUAUCACUCUGGAGACCAGAGAUGGACAAGUGCUGGGCAGAAGGUCAUUUGAAGGUCGGAUCUGUGCUUGUCCAGGAAGAGACAGGAAAGCAGAUGAAGAUCAUUUCCGAGAACAAGCGGCAUUAAAUGAAACAGCAUCCAAAAAUGGCAAUGCCAACAAGCGCAGUGAGUCAGCUUGUAAGCAAAGUCCCCAGGGAAUUCCAGCUCUGGGUCCAAACAUCAAGAAAAGGCGCAACGGGGAGGAGGAGAUCUACUAUGUUCCGGUUCGUGGUCGGGAGAACUUUGAAAUCUUGAUGAAGAUAAAAGAGAGUUUGGAGCUGGUGGAGUUAGUGCCGCAGCAGCUAGUGGACUCUUACCGACAGCAACAGCAGCAGCUGCUCCAGAGACAUGCCCAUCUGCAAUCACAGUCAUCCUACGGUCCUCUCAUCUCUCCAAUGAACAAAGUCCAUGGAGGGAUCAACAAGCUGCCAUCAGUCAACCAACUAGUGGGGCAGCCCAAUCAGCAUAGUGCAAACACCGCACCAGGGAUGAUGCCCAUGGGCCCUGGCAUGCUAAACAAUCACUCAAUGCACCUGAAUGGGGAGAUGAACGGCGCUCACUCUUCGCAGUCUAUGGUAUCGGGGUCACACUGCACUCCCCCACCCCCUUACAACGCUGACCCCAGCCUUGUCAGUUUUUUGACAGGACUGGGGUGUCCAAACUGCAUCGAGUAUUUCACAUCCCAAGGUUUACAGAAUAUAUACCACCUGCAGAACCUAACUAUGGAGGAUCUUGGAGCACUGAAGAUUCCUGAACACUAUAAAGGUUUGAUAUGGAGAGGAAUUCAAGAGCUGAACAAAAGCCAUGACUAUGGAACCCAACAGCUAAUCCGAUCCAGCAGUAAUGCUUCCAGCAUUUCCAUAGGCAGCUCUGGUGAGCUUCAGCGCCAGCGUGUUAUGGAGGCGGUGCAUUUUCGAGUGCGACAUACCAUUACCAUUCCCAACCGGAGUGGAGCUGAUGACUGGGCAGACUUUGGCUUUGAUUUACCUGACUGCAAGGCGCGAAAACAGUCUAUAAAAGAAGAGUUUGCAGAGUCUGAUAUUAACUAAUAUGUUGUAAAUUGGCAUGAUGCUGACCAAAAUUACACAUAAUUUCUCAACUUGAUGAAGCCAAAAGUGAAUAAUUCCACUCGGAAGACAAGGAGAGAGUUCUAUAAUACCUGUGGUGCUUUUCCUUUGGUCUUAUCUGGUAGCAUCACUGAUAAGAAGAUGAU